GCCCGCACACGGCACAAGCCCGAAAGCCCCCAAAAAAUCCACCCAAAACAGCGGCCGUCGCGGGCCUUCGACGCAGGGACCGAUGGACACCGACCUCGGCGGCGCGUCGGCCGCGGGCAUGGACGACGCGGAGGCGGCCUUCUUCGCGCGCCGCGGCCGCCGGUGCUGCUGCUUCCCCUGGCCCACCUCCUCUCACCAGAGGGUCGGCGCGGCAGCGGCUUCGGCGGAGGAGGAGAGCUGGUGGCAGCGCGCGGUGGACGCGGUCCUUAAAGUGCGAGAGUGGUCGGAGCUGGUGGCCGGGCCGCGGUGGAAGACCUUCAUCCGGCGGUUCGGGCGCAACGGGCCACCGACGCGGCCGCACCACCACUUCGGCCGCAAGCUCAACUACGACGCGCUCAGCUACGCGCUCAACUUCGACGAGGGCCACGGCGCCGGUCCCGAGGGCGACUACACCGGCUACCGCGACUUCUCCGCCCGCUUCGUCGCCCCGCCGCAACCCGCCAAGUCAUCCAUGGACCUCGGCGGCCGCGAUGCGCCCCCGCUCUUCAACCCGCCGCCCCAGCCCCACGACGGCGCGGGCCGGGCGUGACCGCUCCGUUUCGGCGUUUCCCCAUCGGUCAUCGGAUCGGAGGAGAGGGGGAUAGCUGGAUAGUCAAUGGACGGCGGAAAGAUGGUGCCCUUUUCAUCUUCUAUGGAUUCGUUUCCGCGGGCGUGUUGGUGAAUGGUGAGCGAGAUCGCAGCUGCUUUCUCCUUCCCUCCGUUCGGUUGAUUGGUUCGCCAUUGUGUAAAAAAGAGAUUGUUACAUUCGUUGUCAUCUUACUACUGCUGUAAUGAAUUCGUUCAUCCUGUCCCAGUUUUGUCCCAAUUGAAAUGAACAAAUUACGAGUUUUGAUCGAAGAAA